UUCGGCUCAGUGACCAGGACUACCAACACCCGGUACCGAACCCCCCCGCCAAGGCGCAGCUGCCUUGACUCAUGCCCUGCAUGCAACUCAUCUCUUCCCUCCGCUCCUCGCUCCGCUUUGUGGGCCUGGACGCAGACUUGAAGACUCAAUGCAUUGUCCUUGCGGCGAUCCUGACUGCAGUGCUGCCUCUGGAGAUCCAUCACCUCCUGGCGGCCUUGCUGGGCGCUGCAGGCUACAUGUUCCUCCAGUCUCUGGAGCCCACCGUUCAACGAAAGCCGCCCAAGGCACAGGACUCCCCCAAGCUGGAGCGCCGUGCGUCCCGAGGUGAUGUCCCAAUGAAGGAAGUGCGCAAGCCCAGUGUGGUUCCGGUGCAGGCGCCCAAGUUCCAGAGCGUCGGCUGGGAGGCGGAAGUCCAGGAACUUCUCCAGCGCAUCUCCCUGACCGAGGAGAGCCAGGCGCAGGUGGCGGCCAUCACUGCGAAGGUGCGGGCGGUGCUGGCGCCGGUGAUGCCUGGCGCAAAGGUGGACGGCUACUGCGGGGCCAAUCCGGGCACCUGCUGCGCCUUCGGCGUGGCGGUGCCGGACCUGGAGAUCGUGGUGCUCUGCAAGCCCCAGGCCUCAGCUCGCGUGGAUGCCGCCAAGUUCCAGAAGGCCUUGAUCCGCUCUUGCACCGACCGCCUGGUGGCCGCCGCUUUCAAGUUCCGGCGCUCCGCCUUCCGCGGGGUGGAGCCCAAGGUGACCUUGAUCUCGCCCCCGGAGGAUGGUCAGGCCGGCAUCCCCUUCAACCUUGCCGUGAACGCCUGCACACCAGCGCGCUCAAGCGCUGUCUUCGAGGCCUGUGUGCAGCUGGAUGCGCGGGCCGCCCAGCUGGUACUGCUGGUGCGGCGCUGGGCCAAGGAUCGCGGCAUCAGCCACGCGGCCAAGGGUCACCUUUCCCCUUACUGCUGGAUGCUGCUUGUGGUGUACUACCUGCAGGACAAGGAACCCGUCCUGCCCGACUUGAGCUUCCUCACGAGCGGCAAGCCCGCCCCCCCCGCGGCGGGCAGCGACAAGAGCGCCGGGGAGUUGCUGCGAGGCUUCUUCAGCUUCUUCGCCCACUUCGAUUGGCAGACCCCCAUCCGUGUGCGCGCCGGAGGUGAUAUCGCUCCACGCACGGUGGAGGGACACUUCGCGCCGGUCAUUGAGGACCCCUUCGAGCGCCGCAGCGACCUUGCCUCCAGCAUGCACUCGCUGAGCCUUCAGCGGUUGACCGCCGAGCUGGGACGCGCCGUGGCGCUCUGCCACAACUCCCUGGCCGAGCUGCUUGAGCCCUGGACCCCAGAAGAGUGAGCCAGCGCUCGCCUCUUCGCCUCGCCGCUUUGAAGUUUGCCCCUCCCGCUUUUAAACUUGUCGCUGGGAGGGGCGUUUGCCGCGGCCACGUCCGCCAGAUCGCAGCCAGAUCGCGGACCUUGAACGUGUGGCUUCCAG